AUGAGUCUUACUUUAUUAAAUAAGAAAUACCAAGCAUUGAUGGUUCGAGAAAAGUAGAUCGAAGAUCAUUUUGAUCCGGUUGUCAGACACAAGAAACAACAUCCUAAUAUUGAGGAUCUUCGUUAAGAUUAUUAAGAAGACUUAGAGAACUAUGGAUUUUCUAAAUAAUCAUUCAAAGCCAAAAAAGAAUCAGAACUAGAAAACAUAUAAAUAACUCCUGAAAAAUCACUUAGACCAAUGACUGCUCUAAUCUCACCUGUUCAGAGCUCAUCACAAAGAUAAAGACCCAUCACAGCCCCUGGUCUCAAUACAUAAACCAAAUAAAUGAUGAAGAUUGACGAAAAUGAAGAAAUGCUUUAAUUGCCAUAUCAUUCGGAGACUAAAUAUUGGAGGAACACAAAAAAAUACGAUAAAACCAAUUAGAAUGUUGUUAGGAAUCAUUCAGCCUUGAAAAAAGUAUCAUUGGGAGGCGACUGUGAAAAUUAUAAUAUUGAAGAAUAAGAGAUCAAAAAUCGCAAUUUGAUUGAAAAAUAAAUUAUUAAAAAUCGCUUGCUCUCACCAACUUUUGUUUCACAAAGGCAUUAAAUUAAUGAUAGAGAUGUCUAAUAAUUAACAGAAGGGUUUUAUCAGCAUUUAGCAUUAAUAAAAGGCACUUCUCAAAAUUAAAAUCAGAAAAGCAAACCACAACCUGGUUUCUAAUUAUACGAUAACCUACUCGAUUUGAUGAAACUUAUUAAUCAAGAAAACUCUAACAAAAGCCCAAUAAUUACAAAAACUUCAUCACAAGGAUUCAGACCAUAAACUGGUGUAAGUAGGCAAAUCAAAGGUUAAUAACGAACUAGACCUUUCAGCAGCAAAAUCCAAACAGUAGGUGUUAGAGCAUUUUAAUAAUGAAACAUAUUUUCUCCCAAUAUUUUAAUUAUCUUUUACUG